AUGAAGACAGACGGAGCUUGCUGGUGCGAAAGAGCAAAGAUUGAGACAACGAAGUCACAUGAAUUCGCUCAGGCUGCUUUUCGUGGAUAUAAGUCUCUGAACCGUAUUCAGAGCCGCAUAUUUCGUACUGUUUAUUACACUAAUGAAAAUAUACUAGUUUGUGCUCCAACAGGAGCUGGCAAAACCAACAUAGCUGUGAUUUCUAUUCUACAUGAGACACAUUACAGAGGUAUCAAAUGUCAAUGUUUAGCCGUAGGGUUCCCUUUGGUCGUGGUUUUUGUGAGUUUGGUUUUGGACUGGUUGAGCAUUACAGAGAGAGAGAGAGGAGGCGACGGCUCAGAGGAGAGAGAGGCAGCGUGGUUUUAA